CAGUUUGAAACAUAAGAAUGUUAUCAUUAGAAGUUUAACUUUAUAGAAUCCAGUCGCAGAGUAAACAUAAAAUAUGAAAUCAUUAAUUUUGUUAGCAUUCUUAGGAUGUUUAAGCAUCGCUACUGGUGCUGUAAUUGGUAAUACAAAUGAUGAUAAAACGUUUCUAAUUGAAAAUAAAAGAGAUGAUGUUGACCAAACAUAUCACUACCGUUAUGAAACAUUAUCGGGAACUAAAGUGGAACAAAAUGGACAUUUAAAGUACAUAACACCAACAGAAACAGGUAACUCCGUUGAAGGUAGGUUUUCUUAUAUCGGUGAUGAUGGACAGGAAUAUAAGGUCGCUUAUACUGCUGGAGAAUUUGGAUAUCAACCAAGUGGACGUCAUAUUCCAUCAGUGCCACCAGCAAUCAAAAAAGCUUUGUUGUACAUCGCGGAACAUCCUUAUGUUGAACCUACGAAGAAGACAUCAAACUAGAACCGGCAGCAUGUUUCAUAUUGAAACUUAAUUUUUUGUAUAUUUUUUUUAUUUUGUAUACGAAGUAAACCCAAGAAAAUUGUGAUUAAAAUUCUUUUAAAUAAUUUUUUUAA